CCAAUAACAAGUAUGAACAGGCAAAGAUUAAAGAAACAGAUGAGUUAGACAGAAGCUCCCACCCCUGCAACGAUCAAACAGACUCAGCUCUUUGCAGAAAAACACAGGAGAAGCUGAGGAGCUAUGGGUUUAUUUUUACCUAUGUUUACAAUGAGCACUUCAAGACCUCUAAGGUAAGAGGUUCUCUGAGGAUCCUGGUGGAGUCACAGUCCUUAGUAAACCCCUAGCCUUUUCAUUCGCUGCUUUCAUCUGGCUCAAGUCAUGGAUCUCACUUUGUGGCAGUAUCAGUUUCGGAUCAUCAUGCUAGGAGACUCCACGGUGGGCAAAUCAUCCAUGUUGAAGCGCUACACUGAGGAUCUGUUUCUAGAGUGCAUCAACCAAACAGUCGGAGUGGACUUCUAUGUACACUUCCUAGAGGUGGAACCUGGGGUGAGGGUCAAACUGCAGUUCUGGGAUACAGCUGGUCAAGAGAGGUUUAGGUCUGUGACCCGCUCCUACUACCGUAACUCUGUCGGAGGUCUUCUGGUCUUCGAUCUGGGCAACCGCAAAUCUUUUGAAAAUGUGCGGCAGUGGUAUGCAGAGGUGUGUGAACGUGUGCAACCCUACACUGUGCUCUUUGUGCUGGUGGGACACAAAAGUGACCGGGUCAAAGCUGGAGAGCGAGCCGUGGACCGAUCUGAGGCCGAAAAGCUCGCAAGCCAACUGGGAGCGGUGUACAUCGAGGCCUCAUCAAAAACAGGUCACAAUGUGAAAGAGGCCUUUGAACUCUUGACCCGGAGGGUGUAUCAGGGCAUAAAAAGUGGAGAGAUCCAGUUGCGUGAUGGAUGGGAUGGAGUCAAGAGCUCAGCACCUACAGCACAAACACUCCAGAAGAUACAAAACAAUGAAGCCGCUGAGGAAAACAAGAGCUGUUCUUGUUAACUUAAUAUGUGUAGAUCCCUGAAAUUCAUGAUUAACAUCAUGCAUAUGUAAAUUUAAUUUCCAAAUGUUUGUUCGUAUUUCUGAGAUCAGCAUUGGAUAAAGGUGUCUUUAUUUAUUAGUGUGGCUGCAUCAGUUAAAGAUUUGAACUGCUUUUCAUUAUAUUAUGUCACAUUAAUAAGGCCACGUAUUUCCAUAAACAUUGAUGUAUUUUUGCUGAUACAGACACUCUGAAGGUAUUUAAGUUAAACUAUUCACUAAUAAAUCCAUACAUAGAUGCAUUGCUGAAACAGGUUAUGUUAGAUGUAAUUUCUGAAAAUAUGAGCGAGUUCAGUGUGAAUAAAUCACAAUUAGUUGUUUUUUAUU